GUCAAGGGUGACAUUUCUCACAGGACGGAAGUGAACGAAGACAUGUGUUAGCAUAUCUUAUGCUGCACGUCUUUAUAGUUUAGCACUGUUAUAUCUAUGUAUUAGUUCGCGGAUUAAGAAUAUAAUGGCGGCGUUGGGUUGCCGGUUUCUGUUUCAGCGGGGAACUCGGCUCAUUUUUCCGAGUGUAGCAGCUGAAAGUCCUGCUCAGUUGUUGGGUUGUAUCAGAACGGUAAAGACGACAACAUGGUCAGACGAACACCUCACAGAAGACAACCAGAAGUACAUGAGAAACAUCACAGCAGAGGAAUACAGAACACAGACAGCUGAAAAGCUUAACCCUCUCAAAGAUGAGCCAUGGCCUCGGCAUGAGUGGACAGAGGGUAGUCGAAGAGUUGGGUUAGUUGCUGUCAAGUUGGGGAUGGCUCCCAUCUGGACAAAAACAGGAGAAAGACAUUCAGUCACCAUGUUACAGGUGCAAGACUGCCAUGUUAUAAAGCACCUGUGCAAAGAAGAAUAUGAUGGACAUACUGCUGCUCUUAUUGUCGGGGGGAAAAAUGUAUCGCCAUUCCAUAGGUCUGAACAGAAAGUAGAGAUGUUCAGGGAGGCAGGAGUACCUCCAAAACAGAAAACCACCACCUUUAAAGUUUCUGAUAAUGCCAUUAUCAAGCCAGGCACUCCUCUGUAUGCAGCACAUUUCCGUCCAGGCCAGUAUGUGGACGUCACUGCCAAGUCCAUUGGUAAGGGUUUCCAAGGUGUAAUGAAGAGGUGGGGAUUUAAAGGUCAGCCAGCCAGCCAUGGUCAAACCAAAACUCAUCGCAGACCAGGAGGUUCUGGUCCAGGGGAUCCAGCCAAAGUUUUCAAGGGGAAGAAGAUGCCUGGCCAAAUGGGCAACGUUUACGUCACGGCAUACGGGCUGAAGAUAUGGAGGGUCAAUACCAAGUUUAAUGUGCUGUAUGUUCACGGUUCUGUCCCUGGUCAUAGGAACUGUGUGCUGAAGGUGAGAGACACUGUGAUGCCAAACAGGAGCUCCACUCUGCUCAACCCUCCUUUUCCCACCUACUUUACCGAAGAGGAGACCGACCUGGAUGAAGACCUGUACGACGAAAACUUGUUUGUUCACACAGAGCAAUCAUUAACACUGACCUGACCAAUGACUCCCUCAGAUGUAAUUCUUACCCGAGCAUCCUAACUAUAUCUGUACGCUAUAAUAAAGAGUAAUUCAUAAGAA